GCCUUUCCCUCUUCCCCCGGAUCGGCUUCCGGCUUCGACCCCUCACGAUGGCGGCUCACGCCCGGUUCGUGGCGCGGACGGUGAUGGUUCAGGGAGGCGAAGUGGAGGCGGCUUAUCGGACCCUGACCCGGAUCCUAACCACGGACGGGAUUAUCGACGAGGCGAAAAGGCGGCGCUAUUACGAGAAGCCAUGCCGGAAACGGAUCCGAGAGAAUUACGAGAACUGCCGGCGGAUCUACAACACCGAGAUGGCCCGGAAGCUGGCCUUCCUGAUGAGGAAGAACCGGCAGGACCCGUGGCUGGGCUGUUAGGGUUUCUGCGUGGUGUCGCUGGGUUACCUGAGAGAGACAUCCUUCCCCAGCCUGGAUAAUUCGUUGUUUGGCAAUGAUCUUGCAGUUAAAGUGUCAGGGGUGGGGGUGGGCAACCCCAGGUGGACUCUGGUUCCUUGCUGACGGUCACUUUGCUGUUAAUCAGGCGCUGCAGAUCAGGAGGUGCAGCCCAGUGUGUGCUGGUGGGUUGGAGGGAGCAGCCUUUUCAAUAAACAAAAUAAAACUGA